UGUUUGGGUAACACUGUAAAAAAAAAUUAAAAGAAAAAACAAAAAAAUGAGAUCGCUUGGAGUAAUUUUAUUGGCUUUAUUUGGAAUUUUGGCAUUAGUCCAAUCUGGAAGUAUUUCCCUCGGUAAUCGUAAUUGGUAUGAUCAAUUAUUAUUGAGACAAAAUAUCUUUAUUCAUGGAAAUCAAUGGCAACCACGUCCAUCUUUUAAUUUAACUUAUCCAGCAAGAGGAAGUCGUAAUUCGAGUAAAGUAAUUAAUUUUAUUCAAAUACGAGAUUUAACUAGAUAUCAAAAUGGUGGCUCCCCAAUUUUAUUAUCUGGUGGAAUUGGCUUCAAACAUGUUAAUAUUUUACUAAAAUCACAAACCAGCAAUGGAUUGAAUGUAACUGCUGAAAUCUGGGGACGUUAAAAAAAUUUUUUUUAAACAAUUUUUUAUAUUUUAAAAUAUUUUAAACAAAAUGUUAUGGUCAAAUAAUUGGUAUAAUAAUUAAAAAAAUCAAAUUUUGGUUUGGUUUCAAAAAUGUACUAAAGAACACUAAAUUUAUUAAAAAUAAAGAUAUUAGAUCUUAA